AUGGGAGCUUUUCUGCACUCACUUUUAUUUAACUUGUUUUAUUUCUCUGCCUCCUCAUACUCUCUAUCCAACUCGUCUUGCUCACCUUGUAAAUUACUGAGCAGGUUUCAACUUAAUGAAAUACACAAACCUGGAGAUGUGGUUCUGGGUGGGCUGUUUGAGGUGCACUAUACCUCUGUUUUCCCUGAGAGGACUUACACCUCAGAGCCACGACAACCCAGCUGCAAAGGAUUUGAUACUUUAGGUUUCAGGCAUGCAAUGACAAUGGCCUUUGCUAUUGAUGAGAUCAACAAGAACUCAGAUCUGUUACCCAAUGUGACUCUGGGAUACAGUCUGUAUGACAACUGCGGUGCUCUUGUGAUUGGAUUCAGUGGUGGUUUAUCUCUGGCCAGCGGCAGAGAAGAGGAGUAUUUGUUUGAGGAGAACUGUUCAGGAACUCCUCCAGUCCUGGGGAUCGUGGGUGAUUCUUAUUCUACAUUUUCUAUCGCUACCUCUAAUGUGCUUGGUCUAUACAAAUUACCUAUUGUGAGUUAUUUUUCCACAUGUUCCUGCCUGAGCAAUCGGCAACGCUUUCCAUCCUUUUUCAGAACAAUCCCUAGUGAUGCUUUCCAGGUCAAUGCUAUGAUUCAGAUUCUCAAACACUUUGACUGGACUUGGGUAGGCCUGCUGGUCAGUGAUGAUGACUAUGGGCUCCAUGUUGCUCGGUCCUUCCAGUCUGAUCUGACUCAGUCUGGUGGAAGUUGUCUGGCGUAUUUGGAGGUUUUGCCCCGGGACAGUGUCCAAACUGAACUGAAGAGGAUUGUUGAUGUGAUGAAGGAGUCCACAGCUCGUGUGGUCAUGGUGUUCGCCCACGAGUUCCACAUGAUUCACCUCAUGGAAGAGGUGCUGAGGCAGAAUUUGACAGGUCUGCAGUGGAUAGCAAGUGAAGCCUGGACAGCAUCGACUGUGCUCCAGACCCCAGAACUCAUGCCGUUCCUGAGGGGAACACUGGGCAUUGCCAUCCGCCGAGGAGAAAUACCAGGGCUCAGAGAAUUUCUCCUGCAAACACGUCCUGACCAGAAUGACCAAUCUGAAACUAACAUGGUGAGGCAGUUUUGGGAAUACACAUUUGGGUGUAAAUUUGCUCCAGCAAGUUGGGUGGAAACUGGGGAAGCACUCUGCACUGGAGAAGAAGACUUACAGAAUGCCAAGACUGAGUUCUUGGAUGUUUCCAACCUGAGGCCUGAGUACAAUAUUUACAAGGCUGUGUAUGCUCUGGCGUAUGCCCUCGAUGAUAUGCUGCACUGUGUACCCGGGAGGGGGCCUUUCAGAGGGCACAGCUGUGCUAAUUUGCAAAAACUGGAGCCGUGGCAGCUUGUUCAUUAUUUGCAACACGUCAACUUCACCACACCUUUCGGUGAUCAAGUUUUGUUUGAUGAGAAUGGUGAUGCCUUACCAAUCUAUGAUGUCAUCAACUGGCUGUGGCUCCCUGAUGGAAGUACUAAAGUUCAAACUGUGGGUGAGGUGAAGAGGUCAGACUCCAAAGAUGAAGAACUGAAAAUUGAUGAAGACAAAAUCUUUUGGAACUUUGCAUUGAAAAAGCCACCAAAGUCAAUGUGCAGUGAGAGCUGUCCUCCAGGUACUCGCAUGGCUAGAAAGAAGGGGAAACCUGUGUGUUGUUUUGACUGCAUCCCUUGUUCUGAUGGAAAGAUCAGCAAUACAUCUGAUUCCACGGAGUGCAUCAGCUGUCCUGAGGACUUCUGGUCCAGCACAAAACAUGACCACUGUAUUCCUAAGAAAAUAGAGUUCCUCUCUUACCACAAGCCUUUGGGUAUCUGCUUGACAGCUGCCUCAUUGCUUAGCACAUUUCUCUGUGUGUUUGUCAUGGGAAUCUUCACCUACCACCGCAGCACACCCAUGGUACGAGCCAACAAUUCAGAACUGAGCUUCCUGCUCUUGGUGGCACUCAAACUUUGUUUCCUGUGCUCGUUGCUGUUUAUCGGCCGCCCCAGAUUAUGGACAUGCCAGUUGAGACAUGCAGCAUUUGGGAUCAGCUUUGUUCUUUGUGUCUCAUGUAUCCUGGUGAAAACCAUGGUUGUUAUAGCUGUGUUCAAGGCCUCCAAGCCAGGAGGUGGAGCUAGUCUAAAGUGGUUUGGUGCCAUGCAGCAGAGAGGAACAGUUCUGGUUCUAACUUCUAUCCAGGCAGCAAUCUGCACCAUCUGGAUUGUCUCCUCCUCACCAGCUCCUCAUAAAAACACUCAAUACUACAAUGACAAGAUAGUUUAUGAGUGUGCUGUUGGAUCCACAAUAGGUUUUGCAAUCUUACUGGGUUACAUUGGAUUUCUUGCACUCCUCAGCUUCCUGUUAGCAUUUAUGGCAAGGAAUCUUCCUGACAACUUCAAUGAAGCCAAAUUCAUCACUUUCAGUAUGCUGAUCUUUUGUGCUGUGUGGGUGGCCUUUGUCCCUGCCUAUGUCAACUCUCCAGGCAAAUAUGCAGAUGCAGUGGAGAUAUUUGCCAUCCUGGCCUCCAGUUUUGGUCUCCUGGUGGCACUGUUUGGACCCAAAUGUUACAUAAUCCUGCUGAGACCAGAGAGGAACACAAAGAAAGCAAUCAUGGGUCGAGCCGCCCCCAUGUGAUCAGAGUCUUAGUUGUCUCCUUAUAAUUAUCUUCUAUGUUACAUAAAGCAUAUUUUUUGUUUUGCAGUUGUACUGCAGUGCUGUAACUUUUUAAGUAAUUCAAUUUCAAGACACAAUGAACACGACCCAGUAACCACCGAACCAAGAUUUUAAGUUGAGGGACUGAAAAUGUUAAACUCACACAGCAUGACUCUCACAAUUGAUUGUGACGGGUAGUGGACAAUCCUGAAGGUCUCUUAUGUAUCUUAGCAGGUAGAGGAAGUUCCCUACUGUAGUCUUUCUGCUUCAUUGAUAUUGAUUGCGUUAUUUUCAUAUGUCAAUAAAG